AUGGAGACCACUACUAGUAGUACAACACCCUCCACUUCCUCCUCUUCCUCCUCUAGUACAACAGCUAACAGCAACAAUAACAACAAUACAACAACUAGUACUUCACCUAUUACCAUUUCAGAGUCUCCAACCAAUAGCAGCAGUAGCAGUGGAGAUUCAUCAACAUCUGAACCGACAACUGUAACAAGCGAUAAUAACAAUAACAAUAACAAUAGUAAUAGUACUACAGCAAAUGGAGUAAAGAAUUCAAACAACAAGAGACCAUUGACUAUAUCUUCAUAUAAUAACAAUAAUACAUCGUCGUCGUCAUCAUCUUCACAAGGCAGUAGUAAUGGAGCAAUAGUUCAACCAAACAAACAUUCCAAAAAUUCAAAUGGUGCAGCUGCCACUCCAAAGGAUAUUGAUGAUACACUGUCAUGUCCUAUAUGUCUCCAAAUCAUUAAAGAACCAUUUAUUACAAGAUGUGGUCAUUCUUUUUGUUAUCAAUGUAUUCUUACACAAAUUACAGAUAAAACAUCUUGUCCAAUAUGUUUACAUUAUUUAACAAGAGAUCAAAUCUUUCCAAACUUUGCUUUAAAUACAAUGGUUGAAAAGUUUUCACAUAGUCAUCUUGCAACGACUCCACCAAUUAAACAACUUCAAAAUACGAUUACACAUGAAAAUAUAUCGAUCACUGACAUUAACAAUAUUAUGGCAACAUUGAUGGAAAAGAAAAAAUUGUUAGAGUUGCAAGACCAACAAGUAGAGUAUGAAAUAUUAUUGGAUUUUUUAACAAAAACAAAGGGACAAAAGAUGGAGGCAUAUAAACAAUUAAAGAAACAAAUCGUAUUGUUGGAACAAGACAUUUCAAGAAUAGAAAAUGAAACUUCAAAUCAACAACAAUUGACGUCAGACUCAAAUCCUUCUUCUUCUACUACUACGACCACUACUUCUUCCUCUUCAUCUUCAUCUUCAUCUUCAACUACGACGGCAGUUAACAAUGUACAAACAAAGGAUAGUAGUAAAGAAAAUCAAAAACUUGAAAAUAAGAAAAGAAAAAUUGAUACUCAUUUGGAGGAUUUACAAAAUUGUUAUUUUUCAACUUAUAAUGAAAUUGAAAAUAAUAAUAAUAAUUCAAAAUCCAAUGGCAACAAUAAUAAUAAUACAUCAUCUUCAUCAUCUACUUCAUCUUCAUCAUCAUUAUCAAAUGAUUUAUUAUUAAUGGAAGAUCAAAUGAAUAGAAAAAUGAAUAAUAGUAGAGGGUUAUUAACAUUUUCAAAGAACCUUUCAAGAUUUACAAGAUACAAUGAAUUCAAAGUAAUAUCAACAUUAAAGUAUGGAGAUUUAUUCAAUACAAGUUCAAUAGUUAGUUCAAUUGAAUUUGACAAGGACGAUGAAUUCUUUGCAACGGCUGGUGUCACUAAAAAGAUCAAGGUUUUUGAAUUUUCUCAAGUGACAAUGAAAGAUGUAGAUGUUCAUGCACCGGUCAAGGAAAUGGUUUGUCGUUCGAAAAUCAGUUGUCUCAGUUGGAACACUUAUUUUAAAAAUCAAAUUGCUUCAUCAGACUAUGAAGGUAUCAUUACAUUGUGGGAUGUAAACACUGGUCAAGAAAUGGCAAUGAUGGAAGAACACGAAAAAAGAGUUUGGAGUGUCGAUUUUUCUAGAACUGAUCCAACUCAAUUUGCAUCAGGAUCCGAUGACACUAAAGUAAAAUUAUGGUCAACCACUCAAAAAAAGGCUUUAACAACUAUUGAAAGUAAAGCUAAUAUUUGUUGUGUUAAAUUUAAUCCUUCUUUUUCUCAUUUAAUUGCUUUUGGUUCUGCUGAUCAUCAUAUUCAUUAUUAUGACCUUAGACAACCAACUACAGCAGUUUCAGUAUUUAAAGGUCAUAGAAAAGCUGUUAGUUAUGUUAAAUUUAUGAACAAGGAUGAAAUUAUUUCAGCAUCAACUGAUAGUACAUUAAAACUUUGGAAUGUAAAUGCAAGUGAAUCAUGUGUUAGAACUUAUAGUGGACAUUCAAAUGAAAAGAAUUUUGUUGGUUUGGCGGUCAAUGGAGAUUAUAUUUGUUGUGGAAGUGAAAAUAAUGGUGUAUAUACAUAUUACAAAGCAUUGUCAAAACCAAUCGUCACUCACAGAUUUGGUGCCAAUUCUGGCAGUGGUGAAGAAACCGACGAAGAUGGAACUCAAUUUGUUAGUUCUGUUUGUUGGAAAAAAGAUUCCAACAUUUUAUUGGCUGCAAAUAGUCAAGGAAAUAUUAAAGUUUUAGAAUUAUUUUAA